AUGGGGAAAAUGAGCACAUGCCUUCCAGUAGUGUCGAAUAUGCUUGCCUUCAUUUUGCUAUAUUAUUUUUUUUCUUUUUUUAUAUUUUUUUCGAUUUUUUUUUUCAAGAUGAGAAAAGUAUUUUACUCUUUACUGGUUAGUAUAUAUAUAUGGUUGUAUAUGUACUCCCCAGCAUAUGCGCUAUAUUUGAAGGAAAUAGAAUUAGGGAAUUAUUACAUCUGUAACUUGAAUGACUACCCAAGCGAGCAUUGUGUGGUAGACUACGACCCGAACAAAAGAAUCAAGUUUCUUUGCCCGAUUGUACAUAAUGAGGGAGAACACAUGAACACGUACAAUUCAAGUUACUGUUUCACAUAUGAAGGAAUAAAGGACCGGCUCAUAAUUAGGAAUAAUGAAGAACCCAUAUAUACAACCCUUCCUGGGAUUAUUCUGGAAAACCAGAUUCUCUACGACAGGUAUAAUUUGGGCAUCUACAUUAUGCCCUUCAAAUUGGAGGCAGACAUGAGUAUUGUUUGCGUCUGUGACACGAAGAAAGAAUACAAAGGAAUAACACCUUAUAUAAAAAUAAAUAUUAAAAACUCGAACAAUGUUCUUGGUGUAGGUUCUUCGGAUGAAUAUAUAAAGGGGUGUGAUUUUGGUAAUAAUAAAGGGAAGCAUCAAUUCUUAACUAGUCCUCAAUCACAUGAACAUCGAUCUGUUUGUGCCAUUCUAGCCAAUCCGGGAGACAUAGUUGGAAUUAACUGUAUAAAUUACAAUGAAGAUGAUCCCCAAAAUAACGACGUCACGUUGGAACCUUCCAACUGCUUUUCCACGGUAUCCUUUUCUUUGUAUACUUUCAGUUUUGUAAAGAUGAACAUAAACAAUAUUUUGCCUGAUGCGAAGUACUACCCCGAGACCUCGGCCUUUCCCAAGGAUCCGAAUUUUAAAAAAUUCUCGACCACGUCUUACUUGUGGAUCCCUGCUAACGUGCCUCAGGCAUUUUUUCUGGUCUGCUCUUGUAAGUAUGCGAAAGGAGAAGGCACUGCGAUGUACCACGUGAGCAGUAGCACCCUAGAGGUGUGA